AUGAUCGCCAAAUUUACUGUUAUCUUCGCCCUCGCCAUUGCUGUAACAAAUGCUGGAGUGUUACCACUAGCUGCGGCUCCUGCUGCGUUGGUUGCUCCGGCUGCGGUACCUGCGGCUUAUGCCGUGGCUCCUUAUGCCAGCUCUUAUUCUGCACACGCAGUCAACCACGCAGUAGCCGCUCCCGUUUUGUCCGCCCCUUACUACGCUGCCGCUCCCUAUGUAGCCGCCCCAUCCCCCUAUGCUAGAUACCUUUCCGCACCUUACAUUCUA